UUGUCAGCAAUUGAACACGAGUCUCGCAGUCGCCUACCAUUCGGCCAUUAACAACAAAUUCUGUGGGAAAAUCUGCUGCUGUUGUUUUUCUGGAAAUUUUAAAGUUUACUCUUUUCACUUAAUUAACUUUAGUGGAUUAUCUAAUUUUUUAUUUUAUUUCAAAAGUUUAUUUUUAAUAACACUGAUCAUUUGCCUUUUAUUUUCGCCAUUGAAUGUGCUUACCCUGCUUCCUUCCUUGAACUCUCCUGAAAAGCAUCGGCCUUGAAUCUUUUAAUCCUUUUGCUCUAAGUUUCAUAUGGCAAAACAAAUUCCUCGAGGAAUGCUUUGCAUAAAUUUUGUUUUCCCCAACCCUUCAGUUCUCAUAACCUUGACGGCUGUUUUUUUUUUCCUUCUUACCCUGCCUCAUUAUGAAGACACGUGUUGUCCACCUAAGGGCUACACAUGGUGGUUUCCGUCGACUUUGGUGAACUUAAUCGAUGGGUUAUCCGACGUUGCCAAAAUGUCGUGUAGAACCAUGAAUGUUCGUUGCCACUUUUUGUUGAUGAUGACACUGAACCACGCUCUUCAGUGCAACGACAUUUUUGUAAACGAAACUGCACGAUCUGUAGAAACUACACGGGUGUUCAACGAGGUCCGGCAUGUUUCUCGUGCCUGUGGAAAGCAGUUGAUCGUCCACCAACGAAUUCGACCUAAUCCUAACGAAGCUUCACUAACCACGGCCGAAAUAAUAGCUGGUAGAGGUUACCCAGUUGAAAUUCACAGCGUAACAACCAGUGAUGGUUACAUUCUCGAGCUUCAUCGCAUUCCGUAUGGUAAAGGCCAGAAGAUGGCGUCGACUGCCUCGAGACGACCUGUUUUUCUCCAACACGGAAUUUUGACUACCGAUAAUGUUUGGCUUAUUAAUCAGAAUGGGCUUGGGUUCGUUUUAGCUGACGCAGGAUACGACGUUUGGAUGGGAAAUGCUCGUGGCAAUACGUAUUCACGUCGUCAUGUUAAGCUUGACCCGUCAAAAGAAGAAUAUUGGAAUUUCUCGUUCGACGAGAUGGGCAAUUACGACAUUCCAGCCGUCAUUAAUUUCGUGCUGGCAAAGACAGGAAGCCAAAAAAUUAGUUACAUAGGUCACUCAAUGGGAUGCACCAUGUUCUUCAUUUGCAUGUCGCUACAUCCCGAGUUGAAUGAGAAGAUUGAUGUGAUGAUUGCAUUGGCACCUGCGGUUUCAAUGGCAGAAUCGACAGCUCCUCUUGCGGUUUACCAAGCACCAUUCGCCGAGCAAAUAAAGUUUGUCUUCGAUUUGAUCGGUGUACGUGCAUAUGAACCAGUCGAUACAUUUUGCAACAAUCUUCGCAAGCAAUAUUGUGGACCUAAUCUUUUCUUGCGUUAUUCCCUUUGUCGGAAUACGAUAUUCUCCUCUUCGGAUGACGAGUAUCACGCUUUCGAUUUGAAUAUUUUGCCAAUUAUUGAUGGCCAUAAUCCGGCUGGAACUUCAGUUAAAACUGCUGUCCAUUACGCACAAAACUACAUGACUGGCCAGACUUUUCAACGGUAUGACUUUGGCCAUCGCGAAAAUCUAUUGCGUUAUGGCCAAACAACUCCACCAACGUAUGAUUUGAGCAAAGUAACAUGUAACGUCUUUAUUUUCUGGGGGCAACGCGAUAAGGUGUCCGCUCCUAAGGAUAUUGCCUGGCUGGCAAACAAAUUAGGAAACUUAAAAGCAUCUAUUAUGAUCGAAGAUCCGCUUUGGAAUCAUCUUUCGUUUCUGUUUUCAUCCGAUGCCAAGCGACUAGUCUACGACAAACUGAUUCCACUCCUUCCACUACCAACUUCGUAGCUUCGGAUGCCUUUUAAGAACAUUUUUUAAAACCUGGGAAGUUGAGAAUUUUUAAAAAGUACGAUAUCGUGAACUAACUGAUCGAGUUUUGAAAAACAAACCAUUGGGAAAAGCAGAAUAAGCUAAUUUCAAAAUUUAACUGGAUGUGAUAUUCAAAUUGCCUGCUGUCAGAACUGUUCCAAUUUCUAACGUUGAAAUCAAAUAUUUGUUGAUUUUUUAACCCAAAUUCUUUCGCUUUACGAAGAGGAAUCCACAACUCCAUGCUAUGUCUAACGCCAUCUGCUGACCGUGUCUCGAUAAAAAGGUUUUUUAGUAGUCAAUGUCUAUGUGCUUUCAAAUAUCCCCCAUCGACAAACAUCAAGAGCUACGAAGAUCAUCAGUCUUAGGUAGUUUUAAAACUCCUUCUGUUGGUAACUUUGGCUCUUCAUAUUCUUCUGUUAUACUAUUUAAAAUUCGGUUAUUAAUUUUUGUUUUUUCUAUAAGACAUUGAAAUUCGUGUUCACAGCGGUUUUAAUGUAUUUGGUUAUCUAAGAGCAGUUUGGUACUGGAAGUUGAACAACAAAAUUUCCUUUACUGACAAAAGUAUUAAUAACCUCACACCUCACCAAGUGAUGAAAAUAGAUGGCUCGUAAGAGGAUCGAACUCAUGACCUCCGCGUUAUUAGCACGGCGCUCUAACCAACUGAGCUAACAAGCCGUGUGAUCAAUUAUGCAAUCAAAACAUAAAAUACUGGAUUGCUAUAAGAAUGACAUUUCCUGUUGUGGACAAAGAGCAUCAACUCAUUAGUCAGGCAAAGUGCAUUCCUAUCAAGUUCAUAAAAAUAAGAAAUUCGGUUUCAAUGUGACGUAAUUUCGGGUCAGUGUUUCACGGUAGGUAAAAUAAAUAAUUGGCCCGUAAGAGGAUCGAACUCAUGACCUCCGCGUUAUUAGCACGGCGCUCUAACCAACUGAGCUAACAGGCCUAUGCGCCAAGGGAAUUUUAAAAGAAUUUAUAUUUUAUCUAGGUUUUUUAAUUUAAAAAAUCUGUAUGAUUCUAAUGCGUAAACGAAAAUAUUAUAAUGUAGAUCCAACGCGCGUUUUUCCCGUUUACGUUUUCCAACGAUUCUCUGACACAGGUUUAAAGGAUUCCCAAAUUAAAAAGUGUAAUUGCGCUUGUUAUUCCUGGCUUUUGAAAAUAAUUUGGUAUCAUGCAUCACUUUCCGAUCUGUGGAUCAGCAUGUUGUUAAAAAGCAAUAAUAGAAUCAAAAUAUACCCAUAACUUCAUUGUUCGUAACUUGAAAGAGAAACCUACAUCAUAAAGACAAAAAUUACACCGCCCAACGUGGGGCUCGAACCCACGACCCUGAGAUUAAGAGUCUCAUGCUCUACCGACUGAGCUAGCCAGGCUUAUGAUCAUCAUAUCGUCUUUACGAAUAAGAUCUUUUAGAUCAACGUCUCGUUCCAUUUCUGACAAUGGAAAUGUUUAAUUACUUGUCAUUUGAAUUUGCUUUCUGCGAGUUUAUGGGCUUUGCGAUUUCAGGAACGAUUGAGAACUGUCUUUGAUGAGAAGCAUAGUUAAACGAUGUAUUAUGUAUCCAUUCAAGAAUGCUUAAAUCAAAUGUUUCAUUCUUAAAUUAAUCUGAAAAAACGAAUAAAGAAGUUAAUGAAUUACGUUUUUUUAAAUCAAAGGGUAAGCCAAUCUAAAAAAUUUACUUCAUGAUACCUUUAAACAUCCCUAAAAUUAGACUUUCAAAAAGUUAAAUAUUUAAGUCUCACUAUACUCAAAGGCAUGUAGAUAAAAUCGUGACCCACACCAUCAAGUUUUUUUUUAUAAUACAUUUUCGAUUAUACGGAAAACCGUUAGCUGUUAUCAGCCUACGGUCUAUGUAAGGCUUUGAAAAAUACCAUUUUGGAUAGUGGACAACUCCAUUAAAAUUCCCGUUUCUUAGGUGCAGCCAGGAAGUUUACAUGUCGAAAUCUUCGUCUUUCGCUUACAUCUCGUUCCUAGAAAAGGAAACAUCCAAAAGUAAAAAAAAAUACAAAUAAAAAAAAGGUUGCGUCACACAACAUAAAAAGUUUACUUUUUAAAACGGAAUUUUCACCUAUGCGGACGUUGUGAGUAUGAAUUUAAAAGAACAUCAUCCAUGCAUCACAUAAUGUUAAAAUUCAAGGGCAUCGGAAUUUAACUGGUGCGUAGCGACAUUUUAAGUGUGACAUCAUUCAUCCUCGAACAGUUUUCGGUUUUCCCAACCGUACCACCGAGCAAGCAACAUCUGUUCUAGCUGACUCGAUCCGGUUAAACUAGUCGACUGCAUGAUGGGAAAUUGCUGGAGGGUUCUUUGCACUGUGGUUUCACAAUCCUUUAAUAAAUCGUGAAACGUCGCGUUAAUUCCGGGUACGACUUGUCGAAUCAAAUCGCCGAUAGUGGCCUUUCUAGAUCGAUGAUUAGCACACGCAGUCGAUCAUCCCCAUCAGUGAAGGCCACGUGCCCGACCUGUUCGCAAGCGAAAAUUGAAUAGUGCUGACUAAUUAUCUUUAAUCCAAUAUGAAUACAUCAGUUGCCAGCGUGACGAACAGAUAUUUUGCGACAGGGAAUCAACAUCUUAUUGAAAAUUCGGAUAAAAGAGGAUCACAGCUGCUUUAGUCAGAUGAUGUGACUAGCAUUGAAAUUCAAGGGGAACUUUGCUACCAGCGGGAGGAAAAAACCUAUCCCCCGAGCAAGUGGCUUUUGUGCGUGUGUUGGAUGACCGUUUUGCUCUUGAUGUUGUUCGGUGCGCUUCCUAGACGCCACACAGCACCGCCUCCCUUCCGUAUAAAAAGGAGCCACUGCAGUGGUAACAAUGUACCAUAACUCCUCCAACUGCACAUCAGCCAACAGAUCAAGAUGAGUCGUCCAAGUUUGGUGUUUAUUGGUUUGCUGCUGGUGGUGGUACUAGCUAUUUUGACUGUCGAAGCCGAAGAACGUGAAAAACGCUCACCCAUUUUGGGCCUCCUUCUCGCUAAAAAGCUUUUGCACGGAGGAGGUCACCAUCAUUAUGGGGGUCAUCAUCAUCGUCGCGGAGGAUAUGGAUAUGGUGGUCACGGACACGGCUACGGCGGCCACCACGGACACUAUUACGGUUGAGCGGGCCAACCAUUUCAUCUUGUCCAUCAAUUUCGAUAAAAAGACGAACUGCUGGAACCACACGCAUGAAUUUGCUUCACAUGGACACAUGCCUACAUCCAACUUGUCCAAUUAUUUUACUGGUUAUUCAAGUUCAAAACGUAAUUUCUUCUGUUGACUCUUUUUUUUCUCAAAAUGCUACCCUGUGUACCGAGCCUACGAUGAGUACUAUCAUCUAUUUAUCUUUUGUUAUGCGAUUGUUUCUGAAUUACAAACAAAGACACCUGUCAAAA